AUGCCAUUCUCAUUCUGGUCAAAUCUGCAAUUAUGGGAAAAGCUGAGCAUCGUACUGAUGGCUUCGAUUCUACUCACCUUCAUCGGUGCCUUUUGCGUUCUUGCACAUAAUCGAUGGAGGACACGCAGAUACACGGAGAUUGAAGCCCAGCAAAAAUUGGAGGAAGCUGAUAUGUUCCCGAUGCUGAAUAUGGAUGAUAUACCAUUCGGUGCUAGAGCUCUUGAGAGAGGUCAUCAUGUCGACGGUGUUUGGGUCGGCACACUCAACGCACCGAUUGUAGGCCCAUACCAACCUGAUACCAUCUGUGCAACCCGGUCAUUCAGUUCAGGACCAAGGCCAUACACUAUUCGUCCGCCAUCAACACUGCAAUUGGAAAGUACCCCAGGCUCAUCAUAUGUGCCGAGUUUUGACGGACCAGCAACAACCAUAGAGAAUGAUGUUAUUGAAGCUGCUAACCACGGAAAUAAGUAUUACACACCUGGCGUAUCUGCCCACGAUGGAACGUCCAGUGUCCCAACUUCGUCCAGCAACUUCAAUCGCCGAAGCGAUAGUGCACCUACAAACGGGAAACGGACCAGUCUUUUAAAGCGUGCAAGCCACUUGUUUGAACACAAAAAGUCCAUUUCAGAUGUCGGCGGACGGGUUGAGAUGGAUCUGGGAGCCGAUGGCUGCAGAGAUUCUGGUUUUCAUACUCCACCCGAGGAAAUCCAAACUCGACGCAAGCAUAGGAACCUUCAACGGAGAAGAUCAUCAGAGGAGUUCAGACGUCGGAUGAGCCAGAUUUUCAACGACAGAAUCCGCAUGAACAUGCCAGUGGAUCGACUGCAAUUCAACUCAGAGUUGCAGGCAUCUCGAGGAAGAAACUUUCGACGAUCAAUCCUUGGGGCUUUCCGUGAUUGA